AUGACAGACCAAAAAGCUAUUGAACUGCCAGCGCUCGGUCGUCCCUUUCGCCUUGGCAUGCUAUACAAUCUUCGACAAGAUUCUCUGAUACCAGGAGUGCGACUCUGGCGCUCAGAAGUCACGGAAAAAAAUACACGAAAAACUUCUCAAAUCUCCACCAAUUAUGAAAUCAUUACUAACGAUUCGCUUCAAGAAAAGACAAAACGAUUAGGAGUGAAAGGCAGCUUAAAGCUAAGUGUACUUGGAGGACUCGUCAAUCUUUCUGGAUCUGCUGAAUAUGCCUCCGAUCAGCAAAAAUCAGAACAUCAAACUCGUUUAACACUCAAAUAUUCGACAACAACAUUUUUUGAAGAACUGAAUGUUGGCGACCUUGGUGAUGUAAAGUCGAAUUAUAGAGAACUAAGUGAUGUUGCCGAAGCUACACAUAUUGUCGUUGCCAUUCUUUACGGUGCAGAAGCAUUCUUCGUCUUUGAUCACAAUUUGACGAACAGUGAAGAUAAAACAACAGUUCAAGGUACCUUGGAAGCUGUUAUUAAGAAAAUACCAAAACUUGAUACCGGCGCAAGUGCCAGCUUAGAUAUGAAUAACAGUGAAAAGCGUCUUGCUGAAAACUUGAAAUGCAAGUUUUAUGGUGAUUUUCGUUUCAGUGAAAAUCCAAGCACAUUUGCAGACGCCGUCCGAGUCUAUAAAAAUUUGCCGAAACUGCUAGGCGAAAAGUUUGAACAUGCUGUGCCGAAAACCGUCUGGCUUCUUCCAUUACAACUUCUGGAUUCUAAAGCUGAGAGAUUCCUGCGUGAUAUAUCUUCAAAUACUGUCAAUUAUUGUAUGAAGCUAGUUGAACAAUGUCAUUCCCUGACUGUAAAAGCCACUGAUUUGACCAAAUCUUCUGUUUUUGAACAUUUUUCUCAGCUGAAAGAAGAGCUGGACAAGUUUAUCGAAAGUAUCUCGACUUGUGAACGUAAUAUGAAAGGACAGAUUGCAGAUCUUCUCCCCGAAAUUCGUGGUGGAAAACGUGAAGAAAAAGCUCUUUACGACUGUUUCUCGGCUACUGAAGCGUCACCAUUCAACUAUAAAACUCUUGAAAAAUGGCUGGUUCAAAAAGCAAAUGAAAUCACAUUCAUUACCGACCUUACGGAUGCGAUCACAACAGCUCGUGGUUCUAAAGCAGGAUCGAAUAUUCUUCCCAACGUUUCGUUUAUUUCUUCUCCGCUCUCAACAAUUCUCGGCAAAAUUGGUUCUAACUAUGUUCUUUGUCUUUCAUUCCAGCUCAAUGAAAUAGAUGAACCACAGUUAGCCAACAUGAAAAAUUAUUUGCAUAGUAAUACAAAAGAAAGACAGCAACUCCGAAAUGUAUCGUCUCACGACUGGUUAAAUGAUUAUGAAAAUAUUGCAAAAAUUCGUUCUAAUGUCUAUCAAUUUAUUGAAUUGGCUAAAGGUCAUGUUAGCGAUGAUAAAAUUAAAUUUGUGGUUAACGAAAAAUAUCUACCAGGUGGUGAAAGACGAGUCAAAAUAGUUCUGUUCAAAGAAGGUUUGCCGCAAGAUGAUUACAAUGAAUUGAAGAAAAAUGCCGUGGCCAUAAGUUUCUGUGCUCAGACAUUGACUGACGUCUUCAAAGUAAACAGAAAGAUUGAAGAACUAUGGCUCAGUGCGACGGCCAUAACAGAUUAUGAUUUUAUAAUGUUGACAGAUGAACUGAAGAAGAAUGAGACAAAUCUAGAGAAAUUGUAUCUCUAUAGAAAUCCUCAGCUGACCAGUGGGAGUGCUCGUUAUCUAGGUGAACUGAUUAGGGCAACAACAAAAUUAUCUCAGAUUUCAAUGUCCGGUGCAAAUAUUGAUAGUCAUUGGGCUACUGAAGUUGCUUCAGCAUUAAAAGUGAAUCGAUCAGUGACCGUUCUGAGUCUGGACUUUUGCCAGAUAGGUGAUGAUGGUGCAAAAGCUUUGGGUGAAAUGUUGAUGAUGAACCGUAAGUUAAGUUGCUUGGAAGUGAAGAAAAAUCAAAUUACCGAUGUUGGUGCUAAGGCUCUGGCAAGUGGUUUGAAACAAAAUUCAACUUUGUUGCAACUUCGAGUGGGUGGAAAUAACUUCUCGGCAGACAGCAAAGGCGGCAAAGAAUUGCCCAGAAGAGUGGCACAUUUUGAGUUUCUUGAUCCAGAAUUGCGAGAUUCGAGUCUAUUUUUUGACCUAAGUAGUGGAUAA